AUGGACGACGACUUCGGAGUGGUGAAAGAGGAGAUCUCCGAUGACAACGCCAAGCUUCCCUGCUUCAACGGCCGCGUGGUGUCCUGGCUGGUGUCAGCUGAAGGCUCACAUCCAGAGCCUGCCCCCUUCUGUGCUGACAACCCCUCAGAAUUGCCACCACCUAUGGAGCGCACGGGAGGCAUUGGGGACUCGCGACCCCCGUCCUUCCACCCUCAUGCUGGUGGGGGCAGCCAGGAGAACCUGGACAAUGACACAGAGACGGACUCCUUGGUGUCUGCCCAGCGGGAGCGGCCACGCCGGAGGGAUGGCCCGGAGCAUGCAACCCGAUUAAAUGGAACCGCCAAGGGGGAGCGGCGGCGAGAGCCUGGCGGGUACGACACCUCGUCCACCCUCAUGAGCAGCGAGCUGGAGACCACCAGCUUUUUUGACUCAGAAGACGACGAUUCCACCAGCAGGUUCAGCAGCUCCACGGAGCAGAGCAGCGCCUCCCGCCUGAUGAGAAGACACAAGCGGCGGCGGCGGAAGCAGAAGGUCUCGCGGAUCGAGCGGUCCUCGUCCUUCAGCAGCAUCACGGACUCCACUAUGUCUCUCAACAUCAUCACCGUCACUCUCAACAUGGAAAAGUAUAAUUUCCUGGGCAUCUCCAUUGUGGGCCAAAGCAACGAGCGCGGUGACGGUGGGAUCUACAUCGGCUCUAUCAUGAAGGGUGGGGCCGUGGCUGCCGAUGGCCGCAUCGAGCCAGGGGACAUGCUCUUACAGGUAAACGAGAUCAACUUUGAGAACAUGAGUAAUGAUGACGCUGUCCGGGUACUGCGGGAGAUUGUGCACAAGCCGGGGCCCAUCACCCUGACCGUAGCCAAGUGCUGGGACCCAAGUCCACGUGGUUGCUUCACGCUACCUAGGAGCGAGCCCAUCCGGCCCAUCGACCCUGCGGCCUGGGUCUCCCAUACUGCAGCCAUGACGGGCACCUUUCCCGCCUAUGGCAUGAGCCCUUCCCUGAGCACCAUCACCUCCACCAGCUCCUCUAUCACCAGCUCCAUUCCCGACACAGAGCGCCUAGAUGACUUCCACCUAUCCAUCCACAGUGACAUGGCCGCCAUCGUAAAAGCCAUGGCCUCCCCUGAAUCAGGGUUGGAGGUCCGGGACCGCAUGUGGCUCAAGAUUACCAUUCCCAAUGCUUUCAUUGGCUCAGAUGUGGUGGACUGGCUGUACCACAAUGUGGAAGGCUUCACUGACCGGCGGGAGGCCCGCAAGUAUGCCAGCAACCUGCUAAAAGCUGGCUUCAUCCGCCACACUGUCAACAAGAUCACCUUCUCUGAGCAGUGCUACUACAUCUUCGGAGACCUCUGUGGCAACAUGGCCAACCUGUCCCUCCAUGACCACGAUGGCUCCAGUGGCGCUUCCGACCAGGACACGCUGGCCCCUCUGCCUCACCCGGGGGCCGCCCCUUGGCCUAUGGCUUUCCCUUACCAAUACCCGCCGCCCCCGCACCCCUACAACCCGCACCCCGGCUUCCCCGAGCUGGGCUACAGCUACGGCGGGGGCAGCGCCAGCAGUCAGCACAGCGAAGGACUUGAGUGUCUGGUCCAGACUCGCUGGUGCUUGCUCUGA